AUGCAGGAUGGGGAGGCCUGGAAGAUGGUGAGUGUCGGACGGGGAGUAUUAUACCGACGUAUUGCUGCGGAGCGAGCUAACACUGCGAGUCUACGUCACAACGUCUGCACCUCGGCCGCGGCUCAAUGGAGACAUAAUGAACAGCCUCGCACUCGAACUUCUCCUAUGGUAGGACGGAAGCUGACCACGCAUCAUCCCUUUAAAAGUCGGAUGUCGCGAUUUCAAGUGGUCCGCCACGGACGCCGCAUGAGAGACUCAGCAUCGCCUCCGUUGUCAUUCAGCCGGCCAGACCGAGUCGGCCCCUACAAAUACCGCGAAUGCUUUCGCAGAGGCUUUGACACGUCUGCUGGUCAGAAGCUGGGAUACGUAGUACUGCCGUCAGCAUCCCCCGGGGUCGAGCAUUCAAGUACAUCGCGAAUAAGCACCUCUCAUCGCGGUCCGGCGACCGAGUUCUGCUACCUCCGGGAACAUCCAAUCUGGCUCAUCUCACGGGGACGCUUGGUCCUGGAUCAACAGGCUGUUUGCCAGCGCGCCAUUUCCCCUUCACUAGGUGUGGGAAGCGGCCCGCCGGGUGAGUCACUCGCCGCGCACAAGCAAGCUUCUCUUGCUUACCACCUUUCAACAAACCCGCAAACGCAACAGUUAAAACCGACAUCUGCACUUCAGCGCAAUGCGUAG